AUGACCGAUGCUGGUCCCCCAUAUCUCUAUUUGAGCAUAAAUCAAACGUUUGUCGCUGUGUCCCUGGGGCUGCUUGUUGGCCUAGUCCAUAGCAAUGGGCGGACUUCAACUCGACUAUCAAAGGGCGACCCAUCGCAUCAACUCCCAUCGGGACACCAUGUCACCAGCCUCAGUAUAAUGCGACAAAAUGCGAGGAGAUUUGAGGAGAAAUCCGAAAUUCAAUGCCACGUGAAUGAACACGUCCAGAUGGCUGUCAAUGUUAAUUCCGUGGAUGAAGUACACGCCAGCCUUGACUUUGCCCGUGAGCACAAUGUCCGGACCGUAAUCAAAAAUACAGGGCAUGAAUACAUGGGGAGAUCGGCGCCGGCACGCGGGACAUUGUCAUUGUGGACUCACCAUCUUUCUUCGUCUGAAGUGAUCCCAAAUUAUCAAAGUCACAACCACAACGGUAGUGCAAUUCGCCUUGGUGCGGGUAUUAUGGGAUCGGAUACAGUGAGGGUUGCUCAUGAGAACGGGCUGCGCAUCGUAGCAGGGUUCUGCCCGAGUGUUGGCAUUCCUGGGGGUUACAUCCAAGGCGGAGGACAUGGUCCAUUGAGUUCAUCAUAUGGAAUGGCGGCAGAUCAGGCACUGGAAUGGGAGGUUGUGGCGGCAGAUGGGCGACACAUAAUUGCUUCGCCGACUCAACACACCGAGCUUAUGGUCAUAUUCCGACAAGAUCAGGCCAAUGAUGAUGCCUACUGGGCGUCCUUUGCAGCCUGGCAAGAGGAAUCCCCAGCUCUCUUGGACUGCGGGGCCACAGCCGGUUACGCCAUCUUAAAUGACGCUUUUUUUGUGCAUCCAAUCACAAUAGAGGGAAUUCAGACUGCUGCCGAGAUGGAGACAUUGCUGGCCCUACUGAAGUCACGGCUCGAUGACAUGCAUAUACGGUACACAUUGCAGGUCAGCUCCAAGGCCAACUUCUACAACCAUUACCGCAAAUACCAAGGACCCUUGCCUUGGGGUGCAUACUCGGUGGGUCAACUAUUCGGAGGACGGCUGAUCCCGCGUGUGGAGCUUGACGAGCGACCCCACUCUCUACUGGCUACCGUUCGACGAAUCACCGAAGAAACGCAUGCAUUUCUUGGGUUUGUCGCUCUCAACGUUAACCAAACUCAAAAAGGAAUUACACCCGUGCAACCUGUAGCAAACAUUUCCGCUCUUCCCGCGUGGCGUUAUGCAGCUCUGACGGUCCUGGCACAAUCGGCGUGGAACUAUUCUGCCCCUCGCGCGGAUGGGCUUUCACGUGCGGAGGAGAUGACCCGGGUGGUUGGACCAGCAGUUGGGUCGUACAUGAACGAAGCCGAUUUCCGAUUGGAGGACUGGCAAGUCGAGUUUUAUGGGGCCCAUUGGGAUAUUCUGAGUGGAGUGAAAUAUCGAUGGGACCCCGAAGGAUUGUUCUAG